AUGCAACCGCUAUGCAUUCGAGACAUUGAACAGUUUGCAAGCGAAAAUUUAAGUAAGAAUGCUUUAAGUUAUUAUAAUGUUGGAGCAGAUGAUGAGGAAACACUACGAGAUAACGUUGAAAUAUUCAAAAGAAUUCGAAUCAGACCUCGAAUGCUGAUCGAUGUAACGAACGUGGAUUUAUCUACCACAAUUCUUGGUCGAAAGAUUGAAAUGCCAAUUGGAAUAUCACCUACUGCCAUGCAAAAGCUAGCUCAUCCGGAUGGUGAAAUUGCAACAGCUCAAGCUGCUAAAUUUAUGAAAACCUGCAUGACCCUAAGUACAUAUAGCACUACUUCAAUCGAGGACGUUGGGGUUGCUUCAGGAGACGGACUAAGAUGGUUCCAACUUUACGUUUCUCCAGAUCGCGAAUUGACACGAAAUUUUGUUCACAGAGCUGAAAGAUCUGGAUUUAAAGCUUUAGUAGUAACAGUAGAUGUGCCUGUGGCUGGUAAUAGAAGAAAAGAAAUAAGACAAGGAUUUGAUUUACCUCCGCAUUUGCAUCUUGCCAAUUUUUCAUCAAAUUCAUUCAAAGGUGUGGAUACUGAGGUCGAGAAUAGUGGAUGGAGCAACAAUUACCAAAUGCAAAUUGACGGUUCAAUCACCUGGGAAUCCAUAAGCUGGCUGCAAACUAUAACUUCGCUACAGGUUAUUGUUAAGGGCAUACUAACCGCUGAAGAUGCUAGCGAAGCUAUUAGGAGAGGCAUCAAGGCUAUCUGGAUUUCAAAUCAUGGAGGUCGACAAUUAGAUGGCGUCCCUACUGCAAUUGAAGUUCUUCCUGAAAUUGUCGAAGCAGUUAAAGAACAAGCAGAAAUUUAUGUCGAUGGAGGUUUUCGUCUCGGGACCGAUGUAUUUAAGGCACUUGCACUAGGUGCUCGAGCUGUUUUCAUUGGCAGACCGAUAUUAUGGGGUCUUUGCUACAACGGCUCUGACGGCGUGAAAAAAGUUUUACAACUGCUGAAAGAAGAGCUCCAGAGAACUAUGCAGCUGGCAGGUUGUACAUCUAUCGGAGAUAUUACACCAUCAUCCGUAAUUUACGCGAUAAAUUUUUCUAAAAUCUAA